GUCAAUCGGCGGGUCAGCGGGCCGGGCCGGUGGGUCUGGCAGUUCUACGUGGCCGGUAGCGAGCGAGUGAGGCUGCCCGGGCUGGGACCGAUGCAGCCAUGCCUCUCCGACUUGAGAUCAAGAGAAAGCUAACUGCUCGAUCUGACCGAGUUAAGAGUGUAGAUUUGCACCCCACAGAACCAUGGAUGUUGGCAAGUCUUUACAAUGGAAGUGUGUGUGUUUGGAAUCAUGAAACACAGACACUGGUGAAGACAUUUGAAGUGUGUGACCUUCCCGUUCGUGCUGCAAAAUUUGUUGCAAGGAAAAACUGGGUUGUGACAGGAGCGGAUGACAUGCAGAUCAGAGUGUUCAACUAUAAUACUCUGGAGAGAGUCCAUAUGUUUGAAGCACACUCAGACUACAUUCGUUGUAUUGCUGUGCAUCCAACCCAGCCUUUUAUACUAACUAGCAGUGAUGACAUGCUUAUUAAACUCUGGGACUGGGAUAAAAAAUGGUCUUGCUCACAAGUGUUUGAAGGACACACCCAUUAUGUUAUGCAGAUUGUUAUUAACCCCAAAGAUAAUAAUCAGUUUGCCAGUGCAUCUUUGGACAGGACCAUUAAGGUGUGGCAGCUUGGCUCUUCUUCCCCAAACUUCACUCUGGAGGGACAUGAGAAAGGUGUGAACUGUAUUGAUUACUACAGUGGUGGAGACAAACCCUACCUCAUUUCAGGGGCUGAUGAUCGUCUUGUCAAAAUAUGGGAUUAUCAGAACAAAACAUGUGUGCAGACACUGGAGGGGCAUGCUCAGAAUGUAUCAUGUGCCAGUUUUCAUCCUGAAUUGCCAAUCAUCAUUACAGGCUCAGAAGAUGGAACUGUGCGCAUUUGGCAUUCAAGCACGUACCGCCUAGAAAGCACAUUGAACUAUGGCAUGGAGCGGGUGUGGUGUGUGGCCAGUCUGAGGGGGUCCAACAACGUUGCUUUGGGUUAUGAUGAAGGGAGCAUCAUUGUCAAGCUGGGUCGGGAGGAGCCAGCUAUGUCCAUGGAUGCCAAUGGAAAGAUAAUUUGGGCCAAACAUUCAGAGGUCCAGCAGGCUAAUCUGAAAGCAAUGGGAGAUGCUGAAAUUAAAGAUGGGGAGAGAUUGCCACUGGCAGUGAAGGACAUGGGCAGUUGUGAAAUCUACCCUCAAACUAUUCAGCACAAUCCUAACGGGCGGUUUGUUGUGGUGUGUGGUGAUGGUGAAUACAUCAUCUACACAGCAAUGGCAUUGAGGAACAAGAGCUUUGGGUCUGCCCAGGAAUUUGCAUGGGCCCACGAUUCUUCAGAAUAUGCAAUCAGAGAGAGCAGCAGUGUUGUAAAAAUAUUUAAGAACUUUAAGGAAAAAAAAUCAUUUAAGCCAGAUUUUGGGGCUGAAAGCAUCUAUGGAGGCUUCUUGUUGGGAGUCAGGUCUGUGAAUGGCUUAGCUUUCUAUGAUUGGGACAAUACAGAGCUCAUACGCAGAAUUGAAAUUCAGCCCAAACAUAUUUUCUGGUCUGACUCUGGAGAGCUUGUAUGUAUUGCCACCGAGGAGUCAUUUUUUAUCCUUAAGUAUCUGUCGGAAAAAGUCUUGGCGGCACAGGAAACACAUGAGGGAGUUACUGAAGAUGGCAUUGAAGAUGCCUUUGAGGUUCUUGGUGAGAUUCAGGAGAUUGUGAAAACAGGACUGUGGGUAGGCGAUUGCUUCAUUUACACAAGUUCGGUGAACAGACUCAAUUAUUACGUUGGAGGAGAAAUCGUCACCAUUGCCCACCUAGACAGGACGAUGUACCUAUUGGGAUAUAUUCCCAAAGACAACAGGCUUUACCUGGGGGAUAAAGAGCUCAACAUUGUCAGCUACUCCCUGCUGGUGUCAGUGCUGGAGUACCAGACUGCUGUCAUGCGGCGGGACUUUGGCAUGGCUGACAAGGUCCUUCCUACUAUUCCAAAGGAGCAGAGGACCAGAGUAGCACACUUUCUAGAAAAGCAGGGCUUCAAGCAGCAAGCUCUUACUGUAUCUACAGACCCUGAGCAUCGCUUUGAACUUGCUCUUCAACUUCGAGAAUUAAAAAUUGCGUACCAGUUGGCAGUGGAAGCAGAGUCAGAACAGAAGUGGAAACAGCUUGCGGAACUUGCCAUUAGUAAAUGUCAGUUUGGCCUGGCUCAGGAAUGCCUCCACCACGCACAGGACUAUGGGGGUCUGUUACUUCUGGCCACUGCUUCAGGAAAUGCCAGUAUGGUGAACAAGCUGGCCGAGGGUGCAGAGAGAGAUGGCAAGAAUAACGUGGCCUUCAUGAGCUACUUUUUACAGGGCAAGCUUGAUGCUUGCCUGGAGCUCUUGAUUAGAACUGGACGGUUGCCUGAAGCUGCCUUCCUGGCCCGGACUUACUUACCCAGUCAGGUUUCAAGGGUGGUGAAACUCUGGCGAGAAAGCCUCUCAAAAGUCAAUCAGAAGGCAGCAGAAUCCUUGGCUGAUCCAACUGAGUAUGAAAACCUCUUCCCUGGAUUAAAAGAAGCCUUUGUAGUGGAAGAGUGGGUGAAGGAAACACAUGCAGAUUUGUUGCCUGCCAAACAGUACCCACUGGUCACGCCAAAUGAAGAGAGAAAUGUCAUAGAAGAGGCAAAAGGCUUCCAGCCUUCAAGAACUGCAGCUCAACAGGAACUGGUUGGGAAACCUACUUCUCCCACUCUUAUCAUUGAGACCUCACAAUCAGCCAAAAAGGAUGAAAAGAAUUUACUUGAACUGGAAGAAGAUUUGGAUAAUUUGGAACUAGAAGAUAUUGACACAACAGAUAUCAACCUGGAUGAAGAUAUUUCGGAUGACUGAAAGUAAUAUUUCCCAUUUACCCGACUGAAUAGAUCAUUAUGGCUAGAUCUGAUCAUCACACCAACCACAGUGCUUUGGACUUUGAGAAACUCCUAAAGUUUUUAUAUGUGAACACUCUGGACAAUUGGGAGGGAGAUUCUUCAUAGUAGUUAUGAGCAGUAUCCAAAUCCCUGUUUCCUUGUUAAACUAAACAGACAUGAGCUUAAUUUUUUUUCAUAUUGUCAUUAUCAUAAUCUCAUAAACUCUUAAAUUAA